AUAUCCUUCACAUUUUGUUUGUAUUGUACAUAUUGUGCAUUUGUGUAUACUUAACUGAACUAAUGUCCCCCUAGGGAUGAAUAAAGUAUCUAACAUACUCCCAUGCUCUUUAACCAAAGUAGCAGGAGACCUGCUGCGUUCAAGUACUUCAACCUGUUGUAAAAAAAACGUUGUUUCUCUUGACCCCGAUGACAAUAUCUAUUAAACUCACGUGUAAUUUGCAAUGCAAGAUAUAUUUACUAUCUUAAAAUGGUGAAACAAAAACAAACGAUCAGUUCAACAUUUGUCUCAAAAACAUAAGCUGGGAACGAAAUGCUCUGAUUUCGGACCGUCUUUUGAGAACGUGAAUGCACACAGGAAGCGACAAAAAUGAGAGGAAGUCGAUUAUUAAUUUAAUUCUCCGAAUAAAAUUCAUAUUCAGCUUGUGGAAAGUGUAAAAGUCAUAUAUGGGUAUAACUUUUAGCCAAAACCAAAUCUAUAUUUAGUUGGUUUUUUUAAACCGGUGUUUUGGUCACGUGAUGUAUGGGGGCAAAUGUUUCGCGGGUCUCAACAUGGCGAAUGAGAUGGCCUCCGCGCCGGACGCGGUGCAAUGUCCCGUGUGUUUAAAAGACUUCACGCCCGCCACAAUUAACGGACACCUCGACGCGUGCCUGUCGACGACCGAGGAAAGCGAACCUCCUCUGAAGAAAUCUCGCAUUAGCGCGGAAGUUGAACCACCAACCGCCGACUCUUCCUCCUCCUCCUCCUCCUCUGCAGCUGGUGCGCCGUCAUCUUCGAUGUUUUCCUUGUUUCAGACCAACAAAAGUAAAGUUUCAGGUCCAGGUGAACGGAACGGUUUAUUUUCGAGUAGGCAACCAGCUGCCACUGCUGUCAACAAGGGAGUUAAACGUAAUUUGUCGGACGAGGCAGAACCAGAACCGGACCCAGGACCGGAAGGCACGGAAGGCACGGAGGAGCUCAAGUACCAAGCCUCCGGAUCUAACGGGGAGACCUUGAAGGCAUCACGUGAUUUAUCGCCGCGGAUGCUGAUGACGUCAAGCAAACCUCUGGCGCAGAUGCUGAGACCCUCCACGCUGGAGGAAUACUUUGGUCAAAAUUAAGUUGUGGGUCAGCAAACAAUCCUCCGGUCGCUACUGGACUCUCAAGAAAUACCGUCUCUGAUCCUCUGGGGACCCCCGGGGUGCGGAAAGACCACUCUGGCUCACAUCAUCGCCAGCACCAGUAAAAAGAAAGGGACGGCCCGGUUCGUCUCUCUGUCGGCCACCAGCGCGUCCACCAACGACGUCCGAGAGGUGAUCAAGCAGGCGCAGAACGAGCUGCGGCUGUGCAAGAGGAAGACCAUCAUGUUCAUCGAUGAAAUUCACCGCUUCAACAAAUCCCAACAGGACACCUUUCUUCCUCACGUGGAAUGCGGGACGGUGACUCUGAUCGGGGCAACCACAGAAAAUCCAUCCUUCCAGGUGAACGCUGCCCUGCUGAGCAGGUGCAGGGUGCUGGUUCUGGAGAAGCUCUCCGUGGAGGCGAUGGGCUCGAUCCUGAACCGGGCCGUGGCCAAACUGGGGAUCGGAGUCCUGGAACAAGAUCCGGCUAAUCCUGAUCAGCAAGACCCAUCGGAUGGACAUGAGCCAAAGAUGUUAAUAGAACAAAAGGCUCUGGACACUAUCGCUUACUUCUGUGACGGCGACGCGCGAGCGGGACUCAACAGUCUGCAGCUGGCGGUUCAGGCUCAGAUGAACACGGCCCGGCUCGGCCAAUCAGGACGCGCCGGUUCUCAGGAAAUACUGGUGAAGGAGGAGCACGUGAAGGAAGGUCUUCAGAGGGCCCAUAUCCUAUAUGAUAAAGCUGGUGAAGAGCAUUACAACUGCAUCUCGGCGCUGCACAAGUCCAUGAGGGGCUCCGAUGAGAACGCGUCCCUCUACUGGCUGGGCCGCAUGCUGGAGGGCGGCGAGGAACCGCUCUACGUGGCGCGCAGGCUGGUCCGCUUCGCCAGCGAGGACGUGGGAAUGGCGGACCCCGCCGCUCUCCCUCAGGCUGUGUCGGCCUUCCAAGCCUGCCACUUCAUCGGGAUGCCCGAGUGCGAGGUGAUCCUGGCCCAGUGUGUCGUCUACCUGGCGCGGGCGCCGAAGUCCGUGGACAUCUACAAGGCCUACGGCAACGUGAAGGCCUGUCUGAGGAGCCACAGGGGCCCGCUGCCCCCCGUCCCCCUGCACCUUCGCAACGCCUCCACCGGGCUGAUGAAGCAGCUGGGCUACGCCAAAGGCUACAAGUACAACCCGUCCUUCAGCGGCCGCGUGGAGCAGCAGUACUUACCUGAGGAGCUGCAGGGAACCGACUUCUUCACCUGGACGCCGACGUGAAGACACACUUUAUUUUUUAUCAAAAUUCAAAUGUGUUUGUUUUUUGAGGUUUUUUUUCUUUAAUGGUUCAUUAAAGGUAAAAUGUUAUACUUAAAUUGGACUUUUUUUUUUUGUAAUACAUUAUUAAAGGAUAUAGUUAACAUUUACUUCUAAAUGUGUUUAUAAUAAAUACCAUAAUCUGUUCAAUAAAUUAAAAUGC